AUGAAGCAGAAAAAGAAGGUUAAGGAAGAGGAUUUCGACGAGGAUUUACGGAAUUGUGACUACGAGAUCAAGGAGCAGGACCGUUUUCUCCCGAUCGCCAAUGUGGCCCGCGUGAUGAAACUGGCGCUUCCGCCUCAUGCGAAGCUUUCCAAAGAGUCCAAGGAAUGUGUUCAAGAGUGUGUUUCUGAGUUUAUCAGUUUUAUCACGUCGCAGGCGGCAGAUAAGAGCAAGCUAGAGAAACGCAAGACUCUCAAUGGUGAAGAUAUGCUCUGGGCGAUGUUCACCUUGGGGUUUGAACAUUACGCUGAGACCCUUAAAAUCUACUUGGCGAAGUACCGUCAGUUUGAGCAGAUGGAGGCUGAAAGACGCCUGGUGGGACGUUCUAGAAAGAGAACUGCCAGGGAUAGCGAUAGCGACGAUAUGCAAGAGAUGGCCUACGACAUGACUCCGGAAGACUAUGUGGAUUUUGGCGCCGACUUUGAGUACCUCGAGCUGACAUAG